GCUGGUCGGACAAAACUGGCACUGUUUUCCUAUAUCUUUGAUGUUUUGUUAACAACGCAUGGAAAAGCUAUACAUCCGAAUAUGUCCCUCGACUCGGAGACAUCGGCUUCCAGCAGAGAUUGGUUCUUCCCGUCCCCCUCAUUCUUGCGCUCCUCUGCUUCACAAUAUGGCCGUCGAUUCUAUUCAAACUCAAAGCCUUACUCUCCUCCGACCUCCACUCGCAUUCGCCAUCGCCGCAGAGUUAAAUUCCCCCGGACUCCAACUCCCACUCCCGCUAAUGACAAACCUCAGGUUUCCGACACUAAAAAUUUUAAGUCAACUGCGAAGAAUAACCUUAUCUGCCAUUCGCAAUUUCGUUUCCAGUUUGCCCUUGUGACGUUGACUAUUGGUUUUUUGUUGCUGCUGCUCCGGAAUAUGCAUCUAGAAAGCAAAGUCAUUAAGUUGCAGGGCGAGAUUAUCGGCCUUAAUCUCAGAUUACAUGCGUGCCACAAGUUGGACACCCUGAACGUAACAAGUUCCAUAUCUCAGGACGCUGAUCCUUGGUCACGUGAAAACUUCAAAAGAAAUCUAGCUCUUUUUUUGUCUUUCACACUUCUUUUUAUCCCUCUCAUCCUAUUCAAGUACAUAGACUAUAUAUCAAAGUCGAGAUAUUCUGACAAUAUAUCAGAACAAGUUUCUCUAAACAAGCAAAUUGCUUAUCGGGUUGAUGUCUUUUUAUCAGUUUAUCCAUAUGCUAAACCCCUCGUGUUGUUAGUUGCAACGCUGUUGCUCAUUUUUCUUGGAGGAUUGGCCCUUUUUGGCGUAACUACAGAGGAUUUAGCGCAUUGCCUUUGGUUAUCUUGGACCUACGUUGCCGAUUCUGGCAAUCAUGCCAGCUCCCAAGGUAUUGGUCCAAGGUUAGUUGCGGUUUCCAUUAGCUUUGGUGGGAUGCUUAUAUUUGCAAUGAUGCUUGGACUUGUGUCCGAUGCAAUAUCUGAGAAAUUUGACUCACUGAGGAAAGGAAAAAGUGAGGUGGUUGAGCAAAAUCAUACUUUAAUUCUUGGUUGGAGUGAUAAAUUGGGUUCAUUACUAAAUCAGCUUGCCAUAGCUAACGAGAGUCUGGGUGGAGGAACUGUAGCAGUCAUGGCUGAACGAGACAAGGAGGAAAUGGAGCUUGACAUUGCAAAAAUGGAGUUUGAUUUCAAAGGAACCUCUGUCAUAUGCAGAAGUGGCAGCCCUCUGAUUCUGGCUGACCUGAAAAAGGUUUCUGUUUCAAAAGCACGAGCAAUAAUAGUCCUUGCUGAAGAUGGGAAUGCUGAUCAGAGUGAUGCCCGUGCUUUGAGAACAGUCUUAAGUCUGACUGGAGUAAAAGAAGGUUUACAAGGACACAUAGUGGUUGAAUUGAGUGAUCUAGACAAUGAGGUCCUCGUUAAACUUGUGGGUGGUGAUCUUGUUGAAACUGUUGUAGCUCAUGAUGUCAUUGGUCGCUUGAUGAUUCAAUGUGCUCGGCAGCCUGGACUUGCACAGAUUUGGGAAGAUAUACUUGGAUUUGAAAAUUGUGAAUUCUACAUCAAAAGAUGGCCACAGUUGGAAGGCAUGCAAUUCGAGGAUGUAUUAAUCAGCUUUCCAGCUGCAAUUCCUUGUGGAAUCAAAGUUGCAUCAUAUGGUGGUAAAAUUAUUUUGAAUCCAGAUGACUCCUAUGUUCUGCAAGAAGGUGAUGAGGUUCUGGUUAUUGCAGAGGAUGAUGAUACCUAUGCCCCAGCAUCCUUGCCUACGGUUUGGAGGGGAAGCUUACCCAAGGACUUUGUUUAUCCAAAAUCUCCAGAGAGAAUACUUUUUUGUGGUUGGAGGCGUGAUAUGGAGGAUAUGAUCAUGGUUUUGGAUGCAUCCUUAGCACAUGGGUCAGAACUCUGGAUGUUCAAUGAUGUUCCAGAAAAAGAGAGAGAAAAGAAGCUAACUGAUGGUGGCCUUGACAUAAAUCGAUUAGAAAAUAUAUCUCUGGUUAAUCGUGAGGGGAAUGCUGUUAUACGUCGUCACUUGGAAAGCCUUCCAUUGGAAUCAUUUGAUUCAAUAUUGAUUUUGGCUGAUGAAUCAGUAGAGGAUUCAGCAAUUCAAGCUGACUCUAGAUCACUUGCCACACUACUUUUAAUUCGUGACAUACAAGCUAGGCGUCUUCCUUAUGUUGCCAUGGCCAGUCAAGCUCAUGGAGGAAGCUUUCCUAAAGGCUCAUGGAUUGGGGAAAUGAAGCAGGCUUCUGAUAAAACAGUUAUAAUUAGUGAAAUUUUGGAUCCUAGGACAAAAAAUCUUCUAUCUAUGUCGAAGAUUAGUGAUUAUGUUUUAUCAAACGAACUUGUCAGCAUGGCUUUGGCCAUGGUUGCAGAAGAUCGGCAGAUAAAUGAUGUAUUGGAGGAGCUCUUUGCGGAGGAGGGAAAUGAGAUGCAUAUAAGGCAAGCAGAUCUAUACCUUUGUGAAGGUGAGGAAUUGAGUUUUUAUGAAAUAAUGUUACGAGCUCGGCAGAGAAGAGAGAUUGUGAUAGGCUACCGUUUAGCAAAUGCUGAGAGGGCAGUCAUUAACCCCCCAGCGAAAACUGACAGACGGAAGUGGUCAUUGAAGGAUGUUUUUGUGGUGAUUACUGAAAAGGAAUGAGGCAAUUGUGGACAAGGCAAAAGAUAUUCAUGCUUUGGUGAUUUCGGAGUUAUGAAGUCUAAUAUAAUCCUUAAAAUUGUAAGCAUAGGUUAUUUUAGUCCCGACUUUACAAAAUCUGUACUUUAAUUUCUGACUUUGUAAGACAUCAUUCACUUUGGUCGUUUUUGGUGUAAAACUAUGUGGGAAAGUGAAGCCAAAAAAAUUAAAAUGAAUUACUUUUUGGAAAA